UCGCCGGCUCGGUGCCUUCAAUGUUCCUUCUCCGCUACGCCUCACACCAUCUCUCAUUCUCCUAUUGCCUCUCCUUACCCUCACCACUCAACUCCUUCCCUCUGACAAAAUGGUAUUCUACCCACCAUCCUGGGUGCCCAAGCUCCCAAUUGACCCGCCUGACUCCAUCCCCAUCAUCGAGUUUAUGCGGAAUGAGCAAUACGGCCGCCGCCCUUUCUCGAAGAGCCGUAAUCCUUUCACUUGCGGAUUGACGGGUAGAACAAUCACCCACGCGCAAGCCUUCCACCGCUCGGAAUGUCUAGCCAGGGCGUUGAGCAAGCGUCUGGGUUGGGCACCGAACGAAGGCACGGCGUGGAACAAGGUCUUGGGCAUCUUUUCCUUUAACACCAUUGACUACAUUCCCACCGCCUACGCCGCCCAUCACCUCUCUGGCAUCGCGAGCUUGGCAAACGCAGCCUACUCUGUCCCAGAGCUCACUCACCAGCUGACAUCGUCCGGGGUCAAGGUGCUCUUCACCUGCUCGGCCUUGCUCGGCACGGCCUUGUGCGCCGCAGACGCAGCUGGGAUUGCCAGAAAGCACGUCUUCAUCUUGCCCAUGGUUGGCGAUGACAAGAAAGAGACCGUGAAGAGACAGGCGUCGGACUCGGACUCGGACUCGUUCCUUACCAUCGAGGACUUGAUAUCCGAAGGCGAGAAGCUGCCAGCGCUUGAGCCGCUGAGGUGGAGCAAAGGCCAGGGAGCCCGCCAGCCAGCGUUUCUGUGUUAUUCAAGCGGCACUUCGGGUCUUCCGAAAGCAGUCAUGAUAUCGCACCGGAACGUCAUCGCGAACACCCUGCAAUACACAGCGUACGAGUCUGUCGGGAGAAGGCAGCGCGGGGUUGAGACGCAGGUGGAACUGGGCCUUGUUCCCAUGAGCCAUAUCUACGGCUUGGUCGUUGUGUCCCAUGGCGCGACCUGGCGUGGCGACGAGGUCAUUGUCCUGCCCAAGUUCGAGCUCGAGUCGUACCUGGCAGCGAUUGAGACGUUCAAAAUCGAGCAUCUUGUCAUUGUCCCACCCAUCAUCAUCCGCAUGCUCCAGAGCCGCCAUCUCUGCAAGAAAUACAACCUUAGCAGCGUCCGCCUGGUCUACUCCGGAGCAGCCCCGCUGGGAAAGGAAACCAUCGAGGAGCUUCUCCAGCUCUACCCGACAUGGACUGUGGUCCAGGCCUACGGAAUGACGGAAUCUUGUGUCGUGGUCUGCUCCACCAGCGAACACGAUGUGAUGCAUCGGUCGUCGGGCUCGUUGCUGCCUGGCUUCCGAGCCAAGAUUGUGGAUCCCCAAAACAACGAGAUCACCGAGUACGAUCGGCCGGGCGAGCUGCUGGUGCAAUCUCCGUCGGUUGUGCUGGGAUAUAUGGACAACGAGAAAUCUACCGCGGAGACGUUUGUUUACCACGACGACGGUCGGUGGCUACGGACGGGCGAUGAGGUGGUGGUCACAAAAGCACCAUCCGGCAACGACCAUUUUGUCGUCGUCGAUAGGAUCAAGGAACUGAUCAAGGUGAAGGGGCACCAGGUCGCGCCAGCCGAGUUGGAAGCUCACAUUUUGGCUCACCCUGCCGUGGCUGAUUGCGCCGUGAUUCAGGUCCCCGAUGACCGCUCUGGCGAAGUUCCGAAGGCUUUCGUGGUCAGGUCGCCGGGGUUUGCCUCCCAGCCAGCAGAACAAGUUGCCCAGAUCAUUACCAAGCACGUCGCUGACCACAAGGCGUCGUACAAGUGGAUCAGGGGAGGAGUUGAGUUCUUGGACGAGAUUCCCAAAAGUCCGAGUGGCAAGAUUCUGAGACGGCUGCUUCGGGAUGCGGAGAAGGAGAGGAGGAGAAAUGAAGGCAGCAGAUUGUAGGCUUUGAGUUGGUACGCGGCCCAAAGAAACUCUAGCCAUCGUCGCCUGGGACAUUCUCAAUGCUACACUCCCCAGGGCUCUUUGGCUUGAGUGAACUAUCGAAAAGGGUAGACAAUAGGCUAAAACCUACCAUUUCAACAGCGUCGUGUUUGUAGAACGAGUAUAGUAAUGU